GUCACAGAAUACUGUCACGUCGCCUUCCAAGCUCUACCCGGACUCUCAAACUCUUCAAACUUCAUUUUCGAAGGACUACCUAGUCAACACCAAAAUGAACUCCGGAAUACAGAACAUCGUCAUUUCCCUUGGUGCGAUGCAAGUUGCCCGUCGGAUUCCAUUCGACGACCCGGAAGUUCUCAACUAUGUGCGGAUAGGUUAUGUUACAAGUCAAGUCAUCAUCUUGGGCGCAUACUUCUUUGUUUCCUACAAGGUCAGGCAGAAGAAUGACCAGACGGUCUUGAAAUAUGUCGAUGCUCAAAAUCCCAUGUCGCCCGACUCUGGAGGACUUGUGACUACGACGGUCCGCGACUAUGACCUGUCCGAAACGUCGAAACUUCUUCGCGCUGCGUACUUUGGUGUCGCCAUGAUGGCCUUCUUCCAUUUGUACAUGAAGUACACCCAGCCUCUCUUCAUUCAAGCCCUCAUGGGUCUGAAGAAUCUAUACGAUGCAAAGCCUGUUGCUAUUCACAUUCUUGGGAAGGCUGCAGAGGGUGAUCUCAAGAGACCGUUCAAGGCUGCAUCAAUGUUCGGAGCUGCCGCUGGUCCUCAAACAGACGCAGCAUCAAUUACGGAAGCAGAAAAGAAGAUUGGUGCAAAGAAGGAGGAUUAGAGUCUAUACUUUAUUCUCUUGCUAUACGUGACUUGGAUAUCUAUAUCAUCGUCCGUGACUUGUCAAUGUGGUACAACAUACCCACCAUCUGUAAUAGAG